AUGGAUGUGAAGAUUUUCGUUGAAACCGAUGCUGAGGUGCGUUUCUCAAGACGUCUUCUUCGAGACAUUCGUGAGCGUGGUCGUCAACCAGCUUUCGACAACUCUAUCGCUCCGACAAGGUCUCGUGUGGAUAUUAUUGUCUCUUUCGAAGAUACGAACCUCGAUGCGAUUGAUCUUCUUGUUUGUGGCAUUGGUAGACUCCUAAAUGAACACUUGAAACGGCGCUGUUCCAGUGUGCGGUCCACGAACGCAACUCCAUAUGAAGAGGAGCCUCCACUUGCAAGAGCCCAGUUGCACCAGUAA